UACGGGCCGGUAAUGGCGCUCGGUCUGUCGGCAGCACCAGUCAGUCACACACGACACCAGGGAUGAGUACAGCUCGUCUGCGGCCAGUGGUCCAGGCAGGGGACGGGAGACAUCUGUCCAGAGCAGAGUUCCUGUCGCUCCUGAACACCUACAACUGCUUCCUGAAGGACCAGACACAGCUGCACCUCAAGUACCACCAGGGUGAAGGUCAAGAGGUGGUAGUGGAGGGCUUCCUCAACAUCUGCUGGGGAGUACGGAGGCCCAUCAGGCUCAAAAUACAGGAUGACAAACAGACACCUCCGUUUUCGCAGCCACUGUCUCCUGAUCCACUUAGCCCCGUCAGCCCCGUCGGAAACAAACGGGGAAUGACGCGGUGGGGAGAGUAUUAUGAUCUUCAUCAUAUAGAUGAAAUGGCAGAUACGUCUCAGGAGUUGAGGGUCAACAGUCAUUCAGCAGGCCGCAGGGUUUAUGAGUCCACCACGCUGCGACCUGAUAGGCUGAAAGCCUCAGAGCUGGAGGCGGAGUCUAAUUUGUUCCGCUGUAUGAGUGACGCGUCAUUGGUUAAGCGGAGGAGGGGGCGGAGCAAAACAGCGGCGCAGAAAGAGAAGGAAAAGCAGCACCGCUUUUCUAUUAAUGGACAUUUCUAUAACUACAAGACCUCCAUCUUCACGCCGUUCUUUGGUACUCCCACUAAGGUCCGCAUCUCCAGCAAGAUGACUACACACCUGGUAAUAGAACAGCUGCUGAGCAAGUUCAAGAUAGAGAACGAUCCUCAGGAGUUUGCCCUGUAUUGUGUUCAUCAGAGCGGAGAGAAGAGGAAACUGAGCAACAGUGACCAGCCUUUGUGGGAGCGAAUCUUCCAGGGGCCGUCCGAGGACAUCAUGAAACUCUUUCUGAUGGACAUGGACGAACAGGAAGUCAGCAAUGACGUGGCGCAGUACCUGAACCUGGACCUUCCCAUCCUGGAGCAGGUCCUGCUGAAACUCAGAGAAGAGGAAAACAGAGAAAUACAACGGGUCAUGAGCAAGUACCAUCACCAGCACAGACUUCUAUCCCACAUCCUCACCUGUAAAAUCUCCCCUCACACUGAGACGAGUGUCUGACGGUGAAGAAGACGUGUUGGACACAAGAAGACCAGGGCCAUACAACACACUGACGAAGACAGAG